AUGGUUCAGCAAGAGGGAUAUCACAAAGAUCUACUGGCGUUAAUUGUGAUGGCAGCAAACAUAUUUACUGCGGCCAGUGUACCAACAACUGCCAGCACACAUGAGUCCCUGUUCCUAACUCCACUUCUCGAUCAAGGUAACAUCCAAGCUGCCAAAGAAAGAAGCCGGGUAGCCGAGGACACGACUCAUUACAUUCCGGCAAGUCAUGCUGGUUUUAUCACCGUGGACAAGCAGCUUGGGAACCAUCUUUUCUUUUGGUACUUCCCUUCUCAACUCAACGCAUCAGCCCCGCUUCUUUUAUGGCUCAAUGGAGGUCCGACUGUUUCAUCCAUGGUUGGAUUGUUCUGGGAGCAUGGUCCAAUGGAAGCAAAAAUGACAGAAGAAGGAGUCAAACUAACCCACAGAAAUUAUACGUGGGUGGGUCCAUUCUCAGUUGUUUAUGUUGACAAUCCGGUAGGAGCCGGUUACAGUUUCUCAGAUCAAGACGAAUCCGGUUACAAGGCGACGCAAGAUGGCUACACCGCUGAUCUCCAUAGCUUCGUUUUGCAGUUCCUUAAAAUGUUUCCUGAGCACAAAACGCGAGACUUCUACCUCAGUGGACAGUCUUACGCUGGCAAAUACAAUCCUCUUCGAGGCAUAAUACUUGGUAGUCCAUAUUUCGACCCCAGAACUCAACAUCCUGCAUAUUUCAACCACCUGUACAGCCUUGGUGUCAUAAGUAAAGCAGAUUCGAUCAUAUACAGAAACGAAUUGUCUGAUAUACACCAGCAAUUUAAUGCUGGGAAACUGAUCAAUUUCACAUUAGAGGAAAUUUCAAACAAAAUCCUUCGUUAUAACGAAAUUCCACUUCAGACUUUGGACAAUUAUGUCAACCUUUUCGUGAGUACAGUCAGGAUGAUGGCUGUUUUACUGGACAACUAUAAAGUACUUAUCUUCAACGGUGAUUACGACUUGGUUACCAAUUCUGCUAUGGUAGAAGCAGCAUUGCUGGCGACACCGUGGCUUAAGCAGAAACAUUACAGUGAAAGCCGAAGGACAUUCUGGACUGAAGAUGACCGUUUGAAAGGAUUCUUUUCCCAGACUGGUCAGUUCUGCCGGGUUGUUGUCCAUGGCGCUGGACACCAGGUCCCUCAUGAUAUGCCAGACGUGUCCUUGGAGAUGGUCACUCAUUUCCUGCAGGAUGGCUGUAUCAAACUAAAACCUAAUAAGACUUCCUCUUAA